GAAGACCAAACAUCGGGUAGAGCACCUCCACCGCACCGUUGGUGGAGGAUCCUGAGUCUGCCUCCAGACCAGAGCAGAGUUCAGCAAAGGCCCAACGUCACACCUAGAAGAGCGCUAAAGGGCGAUUUCACGCAGAGACCUGCACUGUCCAGUAUAGCAGCCCAUCACAUUAUGGCCCCUGAGCCUUGAAAUGUGACAAGUCCCAACCGAGAUGGGCUGUACAUGUAAAAUACACCUUGGAUUUCAAAGACUUGCUGUAUCUCCAGGCUCUGGAUGAAUAAACAUCUCUUAAAUGCACGAGCAAAAGGCAAGCCACAGGCACUUUUCUGAUCCCAGCCGGGGCGGCGGGUUUCAGGCAUGGCGUCUGCCGGCCUGGCUCGGCUGCACGGGCUCUUCGCUGUCUACAAGCCCCCGGGGCUAAAAUGGAAGCAUCUGCGGGAUACAGUGGAGCUGCAGCUUUUGAAAGGUCUCAAUGCUGGGAAGCCUCCUGCCCCUGAACAGCAUGUUCGCUUCCUGCCGGGUCCCAUGGAAGGCAGCGAAAAGAAGGAGCUGACCCUCACAGUCACCAGCGUGCCCACCCUCGUCGACCACCCGCUGGUAUGUGGACCGGUAUUCACCAGCCUGAAGAUUGGAGUGGGACACCGACUGGAUGCCCAGGCAUCUGGGGUGCUUGUGCUUGGCGUGGGACAUGGACGCAAGCUCCUCACCGACAUGUACAGCGCUCAUCUCACCAAGGAGUACACAGUGCGUGGCCUCCUGGGCAAAGCCACAGAUGACUUCUGUGAGGAUGGGCGGCUGGUGGAGAAGACAACGUACGACCACGUGACAAGGGAGAAGCUGGACCGAAUCCUGGCCCUGAUCCAAGGUUCCCAUCAGAAGGCCCUGGUGAUGUACUCCAACCUCGACCUGCAGACUCAGGAGGCCUAUGAGAUGGCCGUGAGCGGCUUGAUCCGGCCCAUGAACAAGUCCCCGAUGCUGAUAACCGGCAUCCGAUGCCUCCAGUUUGCACCCCCGGAAUUCCUCUUAGAGGUGCAGUGCAUGCAUGAGACGCAGAAGCAGCUGCGAAGGCUGGUGCAUGAAAUCGGCCUAGAACUGAAGAGCACUGCUGUCUGUUCCCAAGUGCGGCGCACGCGCGAUGGCUUCUUCACCCUGGACGAUGCCCUCCUGAGGACCCAGUGGAACCUACCCAGCAUCCAGGGUGCCAUCCAGGCCGCAGCUCCCCGGGUGGCAGCAGAGCUGGAGAAGAGCUUGAGGCCAGGGCCGGGCACCCAGCUGCUCCCUGGUCCAGGCCGGCCCUGGGACUCUGAGGGGCCAAACUCUGCCUUGGAGCAGGAGGGCCAGGUGAGGCACUGAAAAGCUGGGCAGCUGGUGGGGCAGUGGGUGUAUAAAGAGAAUUGUUCGUGAGCCGGAACUGAUGACUAGGGCAGAACGUGAGACUAGGGGGAGCUUUUUCACAUGUGACAGAAAACUCGGAAGCUGUAAGAGAAAAAAGGUCAACAGACGUGGCUCAAUUCAAAAAGAAAAACUUCUCUAUGGAGGAAAAGACGCUAAACAAAUGACAGACUGAUAAAAAUAUUUGUAAUAUGUUUACAAACUAAUAUCUGUAAUAUAGAAAGUUUUUAAAACAGUAAGAGAAAGAUGACAAAAUUAGGCUAAAAUGAUGUGAAUUGUGUGUUUAGAUAGAAAAAUCCAAAUGGUCAGUAAACCUGAAAUGAUGCUCAGCCUCUCUAAUCAUGAAAGACACACAGAUGAGAAU